GGGCGGCAUUUUUUCUAGCAAUUUCGUGCGAGAUAUUUCAAGAAGCAAUUAUUGAUUACAAUAAACUGCAGUAAAGAUCUGUCCCGGUAACUAACAACUUUAUUAAGGGAACAUUAGGUGAAGAAAUUGUCUUUAGAUAAGCUGUAGGAUUGGCUGUAGGUCAUCAUUCCACAAUGUCAGCGAAAAUAACCGAGUUGAAGAGCGACAUCGAAGAGCUAAAUGAUUUGCUGAAGCUUGCAAAACGCAAAAAAGUACAAGAUGUACUGUCGCUCGAAAUCCGGAAACUGGAAACUGAGUUGAUCAGCUUGAAAGAUAAAGAGAGCGAGAAGGCUGCUGCGGCAGCUGCUGAUUCUGCUCCUACCACUUCUAACGCACCGUCUGGUUCACAGAAACGUUAUCAAAUUAAAUUAAAUGGAUAUGGUUGGGAUCAAUCUGAAAAGUAUGUCAAAGUAUUUGUGACCUUGAAAAAUGUCCAGAACGUCCCGAAAGAGCAGGUGUACUGCAAGCUGACGGAGCACUCCAUGGAGCUGCAUGUGGACAACCUGGAGAACAAGGACUAUGUGCUGGUGAUCAACAAGCUGCUGGAGCCUAUUGUUGUGGAAGACAGCCAUUGGAAACAGAAAACAGACAUGGUGGUGAUCUUCCUUGCAAAGGCUCAACCAAACGUAAAAUGGUCACACAUGACCAGCCUUGAGAAGAAAGCUGAUGACCAACACAAGAACCGCUUCAAGACUGAUGACAUGAUGGACAAGAAGGAUCCACAGGAAUCCAUCAUGAGUUUGAUGAAAAACAUGUACGAAACUGGCGAUGAUGAAAUGAAGAGAAUGAUUUCCAAAGCUUGGUAUGAAGGACAACAGAAGAAAAAGACAGGUAUAGAUUCAAUGGAACUGUAGAUCUCCAAGCAAUAUGAUCGUUUUUAAUUUCGAUUUAGUUUUAAGGUUAAUUAAUAAAAUCAAUAAUUAAUAAUUUCUAG